UCUUUCCCCCAAAAUCUCUCUCAAACUCCCUUUCUCUGCCGUUACUUUCAUUUCUCACUCCAAACCAAAAGUUUCACCGCCGUCCAAAAACGCCAUCGCGAGUCGCCGGUCCUCGAGAAUUGCGUCGCUUAUAUCCGAGGCGCCGCGGCCGCAAUCCUUCUCUCUUACCUCUCUCAGGUUCUCUCAUCGUCAAACGCUAAACCUCCUAGAAAGCAUAUUGGUAUUGCUUGUGAACGAAAAUGGGUUGGAAAGCGGCCGAGAAGCUUAUUAGGCACUGGAAGAUUCUCAGAGGAGAUAAUGUGAUGAUAAUUAGGGGCAAAGAUAAAGGCGAGACCGGCAUUGUUAAGCGUGUUAUUCGCUCCCAGAACCGUGUUCUUGUUGAAGGUAAAAAUCUGGUUAAGAAGCAUAUUAAACAAGGGCAGGGUCACGAGGGUGGGAUCUUUACAGUCGAAGCCCCUCUUCAUGUAUCAAAUGUUCAAGUUCUUGAUCCAGUGACAGGGAAGCCUUGUAAGGUUGGGAUUAGGUAUCUUGAAGAUGGCACUAAAGUAAGAGCAUCUAGAGGCAUUGGAGCAUCAGGUUCCAUUAUUCCCCGCCCGGAGAUCUUGAAGAUAAGGACUACCCCAAGACCUACAGUUGCUGGUCCUAAGGAUACUCCAAUGGAUGUGGUGCUGGAGAAAACUUAUGAUGUAAAAACAGGACUGGGAAUGCCUGAUCUUUGAAAGAACACAUUUCUAGUAAUAUUGUUAUGGAACCUAUUUCUAGUAAUAUUGUUAUGGAACCUUAGAGGAAGAUAGUGCAAAAGAUAGUGUGGUCUUAACUCAGUUUUUCAAUGUUGAAUGACAUGAAAUUUCACGAGUUGAACUCACCUUCCUCUUUGCUCCUAUUUCGUUGGUGUACCAAUUUCAGACAAGUGAAAUAAGUGAAAUUGUUAUCGGAUCCCUUUGGUUCAACUUUUGCAUUUA